UGUUCUCUACAAUCCCCAUUGUCCCGGUUUGAAUAAUGACGCAGUGUUGGGCGUUCUUGUCCGAGUUACAGCCUUUAUGCCUGUUUGCCUGCAACGAUUUUUAGAUUAAUUUGUCUCUUUUUUUCUCACUUAUUUCUGUUGGCUUUUGAACCUGGUUUCUAUUAAGCUGUUUAAUUGGGCUGAAUCAGUACAAGGAAUGUGUUUUAUUAAUGUAAUGCUGUGUAAUCCAUGGAAUCACUUGCUUCAACACCAUGCCAAUUAAGCAGAUCGCUCAGAUGCCAUAUGGUAGGCCAUAAAACAUCAUGAAAAAAAAGAAGUAAUUUCUUGUGCUGCAAAAACAUAGAUACCCCACUGAUCCAGACACGAUUGUAUUUUAUAAUGUACUGGGCAUGAGCUGGGUUUGAUCGUACAGUAGGUGGCACCACCGCUAAGGUUUUGUGUUCAUAAAUCAUGAGGCAGGAUGAAUAGAGUGGUAGCGCUGGAUGGGGAGGGUGGAGGGAUGAGCACUUGGCAGUUACCGAUGGUACAGGCUGAAGCCCUGUCUAUAGGGUGCGGUCCCAAACCACUUUUGAUGGUUGGUUUGAUUUCAUUAGACAGUGACUGCACGUGAAACCUACCAAUGGCUCCCUGGCCCGUGAUUAACGAAAAAAGAAUUAACUAGUCAAAUUAAUUUGCGUACCUUCCCAACGGAAUUAAUAUUAGAUGCUAGUAAUGAGGAAGGCGGCACCUGCCAUGGCUCGUUUUGUUCAAUGAGGUGGUUAAAUAAAUAGAUAGAUGACCUCUAUAUGUGUAUGUGUUUGGCUGAUUCUGUAGAAUGAAUGGUUCUUUUGGGUUUCCAAUUGUCUUGUAUAAUAUAGCCAACGUUAGCUCGGAGUGUUACAUAUUUUAUGAAGAACUACUGACAGGUCACUUUGGGGUUAACUUAUAACUUUAGUUUUGUCUGAUCAGAAGUGAAUGGAAGUUUUAAAUGCCUCACUGUAUCAGUGAAGCUUAUUUGAUGGGUAUCCUGACAACAGAGAUAGCUCUUGGGGGCAAACACUGCAGUGCCAUGGUAACUGAACAUGUGGGCGACGCGUUUCCUAUGUUGUAGCUGUUUGGUCAUCCUCAUCUCCGCUCCGUUCGAGAUUAAUGUUCGUUUAAAGAAUUCUGUCGAGUCGUUAACUGGUAUUUCCUUAUGUUAGCGCGCCUAAAAUUCGCAUCACGUACUUCUACUCCAGUAGUGUAGGGAAAUGCGUGCCACGCUAUCAGUCACGCUGUCAGAGCCGCUCAGCCUUCUGCUUCAUACCCGCGGUCAGGUUUGUUUGGGUGUCUGUGUCCUUACUCGCCUCUACGCAGCUUUGGAAAACGUUCUCCGCACCACACAGCGGUUGGGGGAGGACAGUAAAGCUAUGUGCUCCAAAUAGUAUGAACAGUCCUACCGUUGGUCUGUGAUCAGAAACAAGUCACAUAUGAUCUAAUUAAAAGCAAAACGAGCAUAUUUGUGGCGAGUGAUGGUGAGGUGAAACGUUCCUAUUUCAAAGGCUUCCCCAGGUAUAAAACUUAAUUGCGCGUCUGUGAAAAACAGUCCACUUUAUAUGAUCUAAAGGCAAUAUUUUUAUAUUUCAACAGCCAGUUAUCAAUUUUCAGAAGCGUGGCCACGGCUACAUGAAGCGUAAGCUACGGUGUUAGAGUUUUUUUUUUCACAGGGGCUGCGCUGGCGGAGUUUCCAGAUGACGUUUUAGUCCUGUAUCUCCGCCCGUCCUCCCCUCGCGGUACUCCUCUGAAUGGAAUGCAAACACAGAACGCAGUUCACCGCUUCGCUCCCUCAUUGUACAGGAUAGCGCAUUUGAAAAGAAGCCCCUUAUACACUCUCAUGUGACGUGACAAAGCCAGCGAGAGGAAAAGAAGACAUCAAAUGUAUUCAGCCAUAUGUGAUUAUAUCCAAUCUAGCCUUCUCUUCUCCUGUCAUGUGCAUGGGGGAAGCAUUAACCGUUAAAUCAAAUCUGAAAUCAUGCGACGAUGGAUGUGCUCCGUCUUUAUUUGCUAACAGGUGUUUCUACUCGCUACACAUGAGGAGUCCUCCGGUGUCACCUGCGUCUCCGUUGACUUUUGCGUGAACCUUGACGGGUUUUGUGGGAUGGUGCAAAACGUUUUUUUUUUUAGCUUUUGGAAAAUUAGUAGCGAUGCUCUGAUAAUGACAUAGAGUUCACGGGAGACUGAUGCCUCCCGCUGCAGUGGUGUGCUGCCCGCAGACUCCUGAACAUGUCUCAAAUGUUUUUUGAAGAAUACUUUUUGACCAGAUAGUAAUGCGGUAUUUUUUUUAAGAUGAGCCCAGUAAAGAUGGCAUUUUAAUCGAGAACUUAUAAGAAACAUUUGAACUCUUUCAUUUCACACAUCCUCUAUUUAAAGAAUCUCUCUCGUCGUUUGGAAAGAACAAUGACUGCGUUGGGCAUUUGAGAGCUGACAUGGAUAUCGAGGGUGCGUAAAACCACGAUUUCUGAGUAAACCACCACUCACUGCUUGUGGGGCGACGCGCAGCGUAAUCUGGAAGUUUUCUUUGGGGGACCACCGACAAACUGGCUAUGGCUGCGGCGAUCGCCAGCUCCCUAAUUCGGCAAAAGAGGCAGGCGAGGGAGCGAGAGAAGUCCAACGCCUGCCGCUGCGUGAACAGCCCGAGUAAAGCCAAGCAACCGUGCGAGAAGCCCAGCCGGAUAAGCGUUUUCUCCCGGGUCAAACUCUUUGGCUCCAAGAAGAGGAGGCGAAGACGACCAGAGCCCCAGUUGAAGGGGAUCGUCACAAAGCUGUACAGUCGACAGGGCUUCCAUUUGCAGCUUCAGGCAGAUGGGACCAUCGAUGGGACAAAAGAGGAGGACAACGGCUACACCAUAUUCAACCUCAUCCCGGUGGGGCUGCGGGUGGUGGCCAUCCAGGGUGUGCAGACCAAGCUGUACCUGGCCAUGAACAGUGAAGGCUACCUGUACACAUCAGAACACUUCACUCCCGAAUGCAAGUUCAAGGAGUCGGUGUUUGAGAACUACUACGUGACGUACUCCUCGAUGAUCUACCGGCAGCAGCAGUCGGGCCGGGGCUGGUACCUCGGCCUGAACAAGGAGGGCGAGAUCAUGAAGGGGAACCACGUGAAGAAGAACAAGCCCGCCGCCCACUUCCUGCCCAAGCCUAUGAAAGUGGCCAUGUACAGAGAGCCUUCCCUCCACGACCUGACUGAGUUCUCGCGCUCCGGCAGCGGCACACCCACCAAGAGCAGGAGCGCCUCGGCCGUGCUCAACGGGGGCAAGGCGGUGAGCCAGAACGAGUCCACGUAGCCAGGGCACUACUACCACCACCACCCCUCUUAGCAACUCCCCCCUGCGCCACGCCUUCCGCCCUUACCUCCGGCCGCUCGUGACUCCAAUCCAAGCAGACUUCUCUUCUCGAACACGCUAUCUAUCGGUGGUGCAGGACGGCAACCACACACAUAUACUCGACACUGUUAAGCUUUUUGAGUUUCCUGAUACUCUUCGCCACUGUAACAGUAAGCUCAUUUAAAACGAUGACAUUAGGUAGUUGUAGAGUUUUUAAGAAUAUAAAACAAAAUGGGGCAUUUUAAAGUUUGGGUCACCACUGCAAACUACUCACUACUGUUCUUUUUUUCAUCUUUUUUCAAUUUUCGUUUCUCUAGUAGAACCUGACAUAUUUAGAGACACUUGCAUCUGUGCAUCUUUUGUUUAUUUUUUUUGUUUUUAAGUUUGGGAUGACGUAAGGGCAGUCUGUGGGGGGUGUAGCUGCUUGGUGCAGUGGCACAGAAGCGGCCCUGCCCUCUGUCCUCCGCGCUGCCCGAAGAUGAAGCCGUGCCCCGUUUGAUGAUCGGCUCUGGUGUGUCGGGGCCCAGACGGCUAACGGUAGCUCUCCCGCCUUUCCUUGUGCACUCGCUUAGAGACGCAGCUCUCGUCUCUAGCAUGGGAAUAUAAAAGCCUGCGUUCAGCCGACCUGAAAUGAAAAAAAAAAUGGGGGAGCUCAGCCGAGCACCCAGUUUUUUUGUGUCUCGUUUCUCUCUCUCUCAAGAGAGAGAUACCAUGGCUCUACAUUGCUUGCUAACCUUUUAGCUGUGAGCCUUUUUGUUUGUUUGUUUGCUUGUUUGUUUCUCCCUCUCUCCCUCUGUGGUCCCUCCCUCUGUACUUGUGUGUGUUCUUCGGUCUGUGAUACCAGAGGAAUGGAUUUCCCAUACACCAAAGAGUGUCCCUUUAAGCAGUGGAACCACGCCAGUAUCCACUCACAGCAGGAAGCGAUGAAUUAUUUUUCUUACCGAAAAUUUUUGAUGACAAAAAAAAAACUGAAAUGAAUACAAAAAAAGUGCUUAAAAGAGAAAGAUUUAAUUGCUUACUGGCUGUGGGUGUUGAAGGCUCAGUAUUCUAGAAAGUGCUUUUUUGUCUUUGCUGGUACACUCCGAGCGAAAGGUAUGAAAGGUCUGUUCUGUGUCCCGCCCACUUCCUCCUGUCUCUCUGUCUUGUCCCGUUGAUUCUGUCUCAGUUUCUCUGUCUCUCAGUGAUGAUGUCAUGCCUUACCCCCCCCCCCUCCUCUUUCUUCUCUCUCUUUCUCUCUGUCUUUCUUUGCUGACUUUGGUCACUAUAUACGGUGUUAACUCACCAGCAUAUGGUGAAAGUUCCCACCCAGGACUUUGUUUUUUCGUGUAUGAGUAACUUAUCGUGGUGACAAUUUUCUAUAUUAAGAAGAAAAAAAAAAACUGUGGAAUUUUAGGUGGCUUAACAUUUUAUAGGGUGUCAUAUUUGUAAAAGUGAAAAAAGAAAAUCUUGAAGAAAAAAAAAAAAAAAAAAAAUCCCUCUCUCGAAAAGGGCAUGUACAAAAUAAAAGGUGUGGGUACAACAAAAGGACCCUAUUUCUGGUGGGCUAUGUACUCUUUCCCUGGGCUCCAUACUUCAUCCAAGCUCCUGGGAGGUUUCUUUUAUUCUGUUACUUUUGGGACUUUUAUUUUGUUCUAGGUGAACAUAUCUGUUGCAUGGGAGACAACAGGGACGCCAGGACUAGAGCUGCAUGAUGUAGGCUAUGUGUAUUACCCCCCAUGUUGGAUCAUGGGAUCCAAACCACCACAGUUCAAACCAGAAAACGACAUGUACCAACCGGCACUCAGCCUGGUACCUUCCAGGUGUUUAUUAUUUGUUGUAUACACAAAAUGCACUGAAUAAAAUGUUUAUAUUAAGAUAUACUUUUAA